UUUGUUUGUAUUCAACAUCAUCAUCAUCAUUAUAACAUUAGUCUGUGACAUUUGAUGAAGACUACUCAACCUUCAACUUCAAUCAAAUGGCUGAAAGAGAUUUGAAGCUUUUGGGGACAAAACUUAGCCCUUUCAGCCACAGGAUAGAGUGGGCAUUGAAGCUGAAAGGGAUUGAGUAUGACUUUGUGGCUGAGGAUCUCAAGAACAAAUCAUCUCUACUUCUCCAUCUCAAUCCUGUCUACAAGAAAGUCCCGACUCUCCUUCAUCGAGGAAAGCCCGUGUCUGAAUCGCGAAUCAUUCUCGAGUACAUCGAAGAUAUAUGGCCUCAUAAUCCCAUUUUCCCCCAAGAUCCUCUUCAAAAGGCCUAUAUGAGGUUUUGGGCAAAAUAUGUUGAUGACAAGUUAUUUGAUGCAUUGAGGAUGGCAUGUUACAAAUCAGGAGAUGAUCAAACAAAUGGAGUGUGUUUAGUUGUUGAGGUUUUGCAGAUUUUAGAAAAGGAGAAGGAAAGAACAAAAGGGAAUAAAUUCUUUGGUGGGGAAGCUAUAGGAUAUCUUGAUAUUGUCUUCGGUUGGAUAGGUUAUUGGUUAAGAUAUGCAACCGAAGCGGCUCAACUUGACCUAUUGAACUCUGAUCAAUAUCCGGAGCUCGUGUUAUGGAUCAACGAGUUUCUACAAGUUCCCAUCGUACAAGAGGUUAUUCCAACCCCUUCUGAGAUGCGUCGCAUUUGCAAUAACAAUAAUUAAAUAAA